UGGAGGAAAAGAAACCAAGUUGGAACUUGAAAAACCCCAAAACACAUAAAUGCAAACCCUCCUCUUCUUCUAAUAACCCAAUCACAUAUUCAAACCCACUCUACUCUUCACUCCCAGCUGAAGAAACCCCCACUGGGUUUCAUAACUCAUCAUACCCAGAAGAAUUACAGAUGACGGGGCUCGUGAUGGUCACGAGGGGCGGCGGCUGCUGUAAAGAGGGGAAGAAGAGCUCGGAGGAGGAGGAGGAGGAGGAGCAGAGCCAGCUGUCGCUGGUGGAUGUGUUGCUGGCGGCGGUGAGGAAAUCGAUGGUGGCGUGCCUCGUGGAGAGGGGUGAGGAGGUGAUCUCGGCCGUUAAUAAUAUGGAGAUCGGGUGGCCGACAAAUGUGCGGCAUGUCACGCAUGUCACUUUCGACAGGUUUAACGGGUUUCUGGGUCUUCCGGUCGAGUUUGAGGUUGAGGUUCCUGGUCGGGUUCCGAGUGCUAGUGCAAAUGUGUUUGGCGUCUCAGCAGAGUCAAUGCAGCUAUCUUUUGAUUCAAAAGGAAAUAGUGUUCCUACUAUUCUCUUGCUGAUGCAGGAGAGAUUAUACUCACAAGAAGGAUUGAAGGCAGAAGGAAUAUUUCGUAUAAACCCGGAGAACAGCAAAGAGGAGUUUGUGAGAAACCAGUUGAACAGAGGCAUUGUGCCUGAUGACAUAGAUGUUCAUUGCUUAGCGGGCCUAAUCAAAGCCUGGUUUCGAGAACUUCCUUCGGGAGUGCUUGAUGGACUGUCACCUGAAGAAGUUCUUCAGUGCAGCACAGAAGAGGAAUCCUAUGAGCUUGUGAAGCAGUUAAAGCCAACUGAGGCUGUAUUACUCAACUGGGCUGUCGGUCUGAUGGCUGAUGUUGUUGAGGAAGAAGAAUUCAACAAAAUGAAUGCAAGAAAUAUUGCUAUGGUAUUUGCUCCAAACAUGACUCAGAUGUCUGAUCCACUAACAGCUUUGAUGCAUGCGGUUCAAGUUAUGAAUUUGCUUAAGACCCUGAUUAUGAAAACACUAAGGGAACGCAAAGAGACUGAUGAAACUGGAGGUUAUUCACCCAUGUCAUCUUGUUUAUCUGAUCAUCAAUCAGAAGAAGACUUGUAUAGUCAUCCAGACUUGUAUAGUCAGCCAGACUUGUAUAGUCAGCCAGACAUGGAUAGCCAUCCAGACUUGUAUAGUCAGCCGGACAUGGAUAGUCAUCCAGACAUGGAUACCAACUCUGAAUUGAGAGGACUUGCAUCAGAUUAUGAUGAAAAUACCCACUACAGCAACAGCAGUGGAGAUGAAGAUGAAGAUGAAGUCCGGUCACUCAGUGACAUAGAAGAAUGCUUCAUAAGACGAUUGAAUGAGAAGAGAACAGCCCCAAAUAGCAUGGCAAUGGUAAGUAAGGUGACAAGUAAGUCACAUGGUGAGUAUGGGAGUCCUCAAAGUUGCUCGAGCUUCAACAUGGAAUCUGGCACAUCUUCUGUUGAUAGCAAAAAUGGGAAUUCUGGCUUCCGUGCAAGUAGUGGGGACAACUCUGGAAAAUGCGCUGAUAUGGAGAGCCCUUCGAUAUCAUGCUCAACCUUGAAGGAGAUGGAUAUGGAGGACAGAGUAGUAGGAGUCUGUUUCAACUAAGCCCUUGUUUGCAUCUACUUUCUGACAUGUCAUUUCAUUUCCACGGUGGUCAGAUUAUACUUAUGCUGCAGAUUUCGGUUUGUUGUCCAAAGUCAUGUUUGCUUUUGUAAAUUACUGGAUGCUUUCACUGGAGUGUUUGGUUGUGGUUGAUCCUGGAUGUGACCUGCGAAAGGGUUCAGCUACGGGCUGAACUUAUGCUCGAUUUGUGGUAGUGUAGGGAAGUUGACCAUCACAUUCAUCAUAUUGAUGGUAUUCUGUGCGGAAGUCUCAGGUUUACUUGUGUUAGGUUUAUCUAAAGGAAAUUGUGCUUGUAGUAGUAUCAUGACAUGAUUAUCUCUUUAUGAAGAAAUUAAUAGAAGCGCAUGAUUUCAGU